AUGUGUCAACCAACGUUUCGCUGGAAAUAUAGUGAGUUGGACAAAAUGGCCGCCUAUAAACUGUGUAAAAGUCUUCUUGGAAGCGCCAGCUGCACUGUAAGGAACAUCUCAAGGCGUUUCGCAUCGAAGAUGUCGGUGAGAGAAGCGAUUUGUACAGCGAUGGACGAGGAGAUGGCACGUGAUAGCGAGGUUUUCUUACUUGGUGAAGAAGUGGCUCGUUACGGUGGAUGCUAUAAGGUUUCAAAUGGACUCUUGCAAAAAUACGGUGAGGAGCGAGUGUUGGAUACACCGAUAACGGAAAUGGGUUUCACAGGUAUAGCCGUAGGUGCUGCGAUGGCCGGAAUGCGUCCCAUAUGCGAGUUUAUGAUGUUCGACUUCUCGAUGCAAGCAAUUGAUCACGUAGUGAACGGUGCCGCAAAAACAUAUUACAUGUCAGCUGGCCGUGUAAACGUGCCGAUAGUGUUCCGCGGUAAGAAUGGCGCAGGCGUAGGUGUGGCUGCACAGCACAGUCAAGAUCUCACAGCAUGGUACGCGCAUUGCCCUGGUCUCAAAGUAAUCAGCCCGUAUAGCAGUGAGGAUGCCAAAGGUCUCCUGAAGGCCGCAAUCCGUGACGACAACCCCGGUAAUUAG